AUGGAAGACCAGCUACGGGGUGAAAUACGCGAGCUGCAAGAGGCUGUUGAUAGGCUGUCAGCCAACCCAAAGGCAGACUCAGAGGCCAAACAGAAAGCAGCGGCAACCAGCGACGUCUCAACCGGCUCUGUAGAGGAUACACUACUACUGCAACAGGACGUUGUCGCUCGGGGACUCGUGACUGAGUCUGAAUGGAAUGAUUUGUACUCAUUGUUCGUUCAAGCCUUCCUGCCCUCCCUGGUCAUCCGAAUUAACGAUUGCAGCUAUCAAACAAAGUGCAGGGAGGUCAUCGCCCUCGUGGAUGACCAGAUUUAUCCACCUGCAUCCGUCAUCCGGCGGCAUCCGCUGCUGUCCACUACCAUCUGCGUGAUUGCAGGAAGGUCGCUGAUCCCCGGGCGCUACCGCUCUUUCGUCGACGAGGGUGAUGCUCUGAUCUGCAAGACGUUCCAGGGCGUGGACAUGGAUCUGCUCGGCUUCUAUGCCAUCAUGCUGCUCACCGCCUGGACCGGCCGGGCUCGGCUGUGGGGCUACGCUGCCUCGCUAGCUUAUGACAUGCAGCUGCACCUGUCCGCCCUACAGUUCCGGGACGAAGCAGCGGAGAGCACAGAAUCGGUGGUGGAACGCGCUCGCGCCUGGUUCACGCUAUGCGGCUUUGACUUGAUAAUCAACCUGAACCGCCCGUACGCCAUCAACAAGAUGCAGGAAUAUCUCCCGCAUGCCAAGAAGCUGCUGGCUUCACCGUAUUGCCGGCCUGUCGACCACCGGAUUUGCGCAUACAUCGAAGGCUUUAUAAUCACAGGCGAUGCCAAGGCCCGCUUGCAGAGCGCCCAUCUGCAGGCGACCCCAUUGCCAGACUUUGUGUCGAAGCUGCUGACCUCCUAUGAUCAGCAAGUGAACGCCUGGUUUCACAGGAUCAACAACACCAUCGAUCCGCUCUUCCAGACGUUCGAAGCGACCCAAGACCGGAACAGGUUCAUGGUUCCCUACGCGCUGGUAAAACUUUACGUCAACGGUCUGGCCCUUCACGGCGUUGAACUGAUCAAGGGCGACGUGGAUCCUGUGAGGCUGAGCUUCGUCAAGACAGCAUUGGCAAGUGCUUGCCUGCUUCUCCAGACGCAGUGGGAGUCCCGCUCGUUUCGCCGCGCAUUCCGCUACACGAUCGACUACAACGGCAUAACUACCUUCCACGCCAGCCGCUUCCUCCUCAAAGUCAUGCACAUCCUGCCUGACCAAAUGGAUGAGUCCAGCUACGUGGCUCUUAAUCAGGCCUCAAAAUUGUUUGAGCUUGCUGGUGCCAUGGAUGUUGCCGAAGAGCUUCGCCGGGAGACGGAGAAAUUCACUACCGUGGUCUCACCCCUCGAGCCGUCUCCAGAGACGGCCGCCGACUCGCAACCGGACACUCUCUUUGACAUCCCCAAUCUGCCUGACAGAACGACUUGGGACACCGAGUUUCCUAUGAUUAACACAUACACCCUGGAAUAG